CUGCACAGGGGCAGCUGUGAGGGGGGCUUCCAUGGAUGCUACCAGGCAGGGCCCUGCACAGAAGCCCGCAGCUAGAUUUCCCCGCCUAUGGGUAACGGAACAGAAAAGAAGUCAUGUAAGCCUUCCAUCCGUUGGCAGGUGAGGGACAGGAGAAAGAAGCAAGGAGGGCAGGAGGGAAGGGCUUUGUUCCUUUCCUCACGGGGGCACUGGAGCCCCGGGGUGCUUGCUGAUCUCCUUCCCCUCACUUCCCCACAGCUGGCUGUGACCACAAGGUGACAUCCACUAGCGGCACCAUCACCAGCCCCAACUGGCCUGACAAAUAUCCCAGCAAGAAGGAGUGCACCUGGGCUAUCUCCAGCACCCCCGGCCACCGGGUCAAGCUGACCUUCGUGGAGAUGGACAUCGAGUCCCAGCCCGAGUGUGCCUAUGACCAUUUGGAGGUGUAUGACGGGCGUGACGCCAAGGCCCCUGUCCUGGGCCGCUUCUGUGGGAGCAAGAAGCCCGAGCCGGUCCUGGCCACAGGCAGCCGCAUGUUCCUGCGCUUCUACUCGGACAACUCCGUCCAGAGGAAGGGCUUCCAGGCGUCCCACUCCACAGAGUGCGGAGGCCAGGUGCGGGCAGAGGUGAAGACAAAGGAUCUUUACUCCCAUGCCCAGUUUGGUGACAACAACUACCCCGGGGGGGUGGACUGCGAGUGGGUCAUCGUGGCAGAGGAAGGCUAUGGCGUGGAGCUGGUGUUCCAGACCUUCGAGGUGGAGGAGGAGACAGACUGUGGCUACGACUACAUGGAGCUCUUCGAUGGCUAUGACGGCACAGCCCCCAGACUGGGGCGCUACUGCGGCUCAGGGCCUCCUGAGGAGGUGUACUCGGCGGGAGAUUCUGUCCUGGUGAAAUUCCACUCAGAUGACACCAUCACCAAAAAAGGCUUUCACCUGCGGUACACCAGCACCAAGUUCCAGGACACACUGCACAGCAGAAAAUGACCCGUGCCCUCAUGGGGGGGGAGGAGGGUUGGGGACGGGAGGCCUGCUGCCCUCAGUCACCUGGACCGCACAGUGGGAGGUGGGCGCCCCGUCCCCCGGGUGCCGGGACCUGCGGGCCGACGGUCCAGGCGAGGUUGUCCUCAGGAGGCAGGGGAACUGGACUCCUUCACGAUCCCUUCCUCCUUGCCCCCACCAGAGCAAGGGGGCCAGGGCCGGGAGCCAGAGCCUUCACCGAGACACUUGAAGUAGCCAUUGCUCUCUGGGGGCCUGGCCUGCUGGGGAGAGCGUCUGUCAGCAGGCCCGCCCAGCUUCCCUGCCCUCCCCACACGCUGUGUUGUGUAUUGCUGGUGGCAUAUCUUCAUUGUCACGUACAUUCCCCACCCCUUCUCCAACCUCCAUUUGGUUGUUUUAAGCCCCCACUUCCCCACUUCCUGGGGCCGGAGUUUCCAUAUGAGUCCCACGGGAGCCACAGUGGGGAGAUGCAGGGGAGGGGGUGGGGGAAUGAGACAGGGCUUGUCUCGGGCCCAGCGGCUGGUCAGCCACACCAGGGCACCCCAGCCAAUAAACGGAAAAUGUUACAGCGAG